GGAAGUUUCGCCAUGUCUCCACGUCCGAUAAACCAGAAGAAGAUAGUGAAGAAGAGGGUGAAGAAGUUCAUCCGUCACCAGUCUGACCGAUAUAAGAAACUCGCGCCAAACUGGAGGAAACCAAAGGGUAUUGACAGCAGAGUAAGACGUCGAUUCAAGGGUCAAUAUCUUAUGCCCAGCAUUGGAUAUGGAAGUGAAAAGAAGACAAGACAUUGUAUGAGAGACCACCAUGGAUUCCGUAAACUUCUUGUCCACAAUGUUAGGGAUUUAGAGGUCCUUAUGAUGUCCAACCGAAAAUUCGCGGCUGAGAUUGCACACGCCGUGUCCAGUCGCAAGCGUAAAGUGAUUGUACAACGUGCCGGUGAACUAAACAUCCAUGUUACCAAUCCUAAUGCAAGGUUGAGAAGCGAAGAGAAUGAAUAAAAAACAAGCGGUUUC